AUGUCCAAUCAAGUGGCGACUGAACAAAUUGUUGGGCUGCUCCAAGCAACACUUUCUCCAGAGUCAGUUAAACAGGCACAAGAAGGGUUGGCACAACAGGCUGUAAUUCCAGGUUAUGCACGUGUUCUCCUAAAAAUUUUAUGUGAUGCCAAUUAUCCCAAUCAUAUUCGCAAUAUUGCUGCUAUUUCUUUAAAGAAUUUUGUUAAGAUGAAUUGGUCUGGCGAGGGGGAUAUACCAAUAUCUGAUGAUGAGCGGGAAGAGUUGAGGAAUGCUCUUUUGGAAAUUAUGUUUCAAGUCCCGCACUUUUUGCGAUUGCUUAUAACUGAAAUUGUUUGUCAAGUUAGUAAAUAUGAUUUUCCUGAACGGUGGCCCCGUCUUGUCCAGUUACUCGCUGAAAAUUUGUCAAAGGCUACAGAUUUUGACCAACUCGUUGUUUCAUUGGGUACAUUAGAGCAAAUGAUUUCUCGCUAUCGACAUGAAAUGCGUUCUGAUUCUCUUUGGAGGGAAAUUAUUUUUGUCGUUCAAAAUGUGGCAGAACCAUUAACUCAACUAUUUUCAAAAAUGCAGUUCUAUCUUCCAGACCAGGAAGGAGGGACACAGCUUAGUCCAACUGACAGAAUUUCUUGGCUACAAAUUGUGCUUGAGUUAACACGAAUUUAUCAUUCACUAAUUUCUCAGGAUCUCCCAGAAUAUUUUGAGGUUUUUGAAUAUAUUCGAACCUCACUGUAA